CUCUCUCUCUAACUCUCUCUAAUAAGAAAAUCUCCCACUCUCCUCCAUGAUAAGUUCCUCUCUUUGCGGUCAAAUAUUUUGGCCUUUCCCUCCCUUUCUCUCUCAUCUCUCUUUCUCUCUCUCUGCAAUUUGCUUGAAUAAAUUUCCAUUCUCUCUCCAUAAACUCCUUUCUCUCUCCUAUUUCCCUCCACUCUCUCUCUCUCUCUCAGGCUCUCUCUGGUCUGCCUUCUUGCUACAACAUGUAGUAGAGCCCUAGCCUUUUAAUGCACUGAUUUUGAUUUCUUAGUCUCUCUCUCUCUACAAUCUUUUCAUUUUUUGCUUCAGUUUCUGGUCGGAGUUAUUGUUGCCAUGGAUGCUGCAGCUGGUCCGUACAACCCUAGGACUGUGGAGGAAGUGUUCAAGGAUUUUAAGGGGAGGAGAAACGGGAUGAUUAAGGCUCUCACCACUGAUGUUGAAGAAUUUUAUCAGCAGUGUGAUCCAGAGAAAGAGAAUUUGUGCCUCUAUGGAUACCCAAAUGAGUCAUGGGAAGUUAAUUUACCUGCUGAAGAGGUUCCACCAGAGCUCCCUGAACCUGCACUAGGAAUCAACUUUGCAAGAGAUGGGAUGCAAGAAAAGGACUGGCUAUCAUUGGUUGCUGUUCAUAGUGAUGCAUGGCUUCUUUCAGUGGCAUUCUAUUUUGGUGCUAGAUUUGGAUUUGACAAAAAUGACAGGAAACGGCUCUUUAAUAUGACGAAUGAGCUUCCCACGAUAUUUGAGGUUGUUACUGGCAAUGUAAAGAAGCAAUCAAAGGAGAAGUCAUCGGGUGGAAACCACAGCAGUAAUAAAUCUAAACCGAACUCCAAAUUGCAACAGCGUGGGCCUGAGUCUCAGAGCAAGUUCACAAAGGUGCCGCAGCCAAAGGAUGAAGAAGAGGGCUAUGACGAGGAAGACGAGGAAGAGCAUGGUGAGACAUUGUGUGGAGCAUGUGGAGAGAACUAUGCCUCCGAUGAAUUCUGGAUAUGCUGCGAUAUUUGUGAGAAGUGGUUCCAUGGAAAGUGCGUCAAGAUCACUCCAGCUAGGGCCGAGCAUAUCAAGCAAUACAAGUGCCCAACAUGUAGUAGCAACAAGAGAUCGCGGCCCUAAACACUCUCAGGAUCUGUCCAAAACUCACACUAACACUUUGUUUAGGUUUUGUUGCUUUCUUGUUUUAGGAUCACUAGGGGUCUGUAGUUCACUUUGGGGCCUUUGUAUGAAUGCUUGGUUUCCCUUUUAUGCUAUCACUCUAGGACAAUAAUGUUUUGCUUUCAUGUUGUGUAUGCUUUUUCUUUAAUCCAUCUGUUUCUGUUAAUCUUCUAAUCCAUCUGCUAGAACUUUGGGCUUCUC